AUCUCCCAAUUAUGGCUUCCCGUGUUUAUCUUGUAUUGUUUAUCUUUUUGCAUGCAUGUUCCGCUAGACCGAUUACGAUUCACGAUAAAGAAACCGUUACGCAACUUGAGCAACUUUCUAUCAAGGAUCUAAUGGCUUCAGUUGCCAAUAAAUUCACGACACGUGGUACAAACGUCGUGCAUAAGGACAAAGAUCGUCAGAAGUCCCCUUCAGUUCAAGAAGCUGAAAACAUUGAAGACAAAAAGGUCAAAAUUCCCUACGCUUGGAAGUUGUUGCAGCAGGCUACUGAAGCAGAGAUAAUGAAGAGAGAAGAACGUUCGAUACUGGAAUCAACACAAAGCAGUGCUGAGGAAAACUUGAGCUCCAAGAGCAACGACCCAAUGGAGGACGUUGUAGUUAUGGAUUACGCACAACCCCAUCGCAAACCACCCAUUCAUAACAAAGGAACCUAAUAAGUACCAAAUUAUAAAAUGCCUAAUUUUUUUUUUUUUUUUUUCUCUUCACAAACAUGUUUGUUUUAUUACCAAAUUAAAAUAAAUAUUCCUACUAUGGAUCUUCUUGUUUUUUUUUUUGUUUCCUUUUGUUUUUUAACAGUGUUAGAUUUGUUGAAAAUGUAUUAUGUGACACUUUUUUGUGAUGAAGUUGUACAAGAUUGGAUUGAAUAA